AAAAGUGUAUCUACAUAUACCUACACCUCUCUUGUCAUCUUCCUAAUGAAGUAUCGAAAUAAUCAAUAUUUCCAAAUUAUCGCAAUCAUUAUUCAUUAGAGAAUAAUAAUUUCGUCAUUUUCUUCUUGCAUUAUCACGGUCUAGUCGGAAGAAAAAGUUUAACUGAAUAGUGUUUGAAACGCGCAACCUUGACACGUGAUAUCAAAAACUGAUCGUCACUAGUAAAAUUUUAUAUUAUAUUAGCAUAUUAGAAUUUCAUUUAAAGACAUUUAAGCGUACUUUGUUCAUUCAAAGGCGAAUGUAAAGAAGAAUUGUAUAAAUAUAUUUUAUUAUUAUACUGUUUAAUAUAUAUCUCAUAAUAUUUCAAUUCUUCAAGUAUAUGACAAAGGACUAUAGUCCUUAAAAUUUUUGUACAACAGUAAUCAGUAGUAUAACACAUAUAUUGACUGAGAAGAAGAUAAGCGAAAGAACUGUAUUAUAAAUAAAAUGCAUUUUAAUUUUUUUACAGUAUAACCGGCAUAUGUUGGCAUCGUUCCAGUAGUUCAAGUUUUAAUUAAUAUAAUGCGGCAAUUGAUGGAGUCUUAAACCCUCAUCCUAUCGGCGAAGCUUGCAACAAUACCGACAAAACAGACAAAAUGGGGACAAUACUUUUCAUCAGCUUCUGCCUCGGCCUAGCGACCGGCCACUUUCGUGGACCCCAUCAUCCAAGGAGCAGCGUGUCCCAUCAACAUUAUACGCCGCAAAGUGAAGUGAAAUUGACGCAGGACGCCGAGCUCCUUCACGAUGCAACACAUCUGAAGGAAGAUAUGGGUUCCAUGGCCGAUCAACUCGACUUCUCGAAAAUGACUGAACAAGAAAUAGAGUUCCACUAUUUUCAUAUUCACGAUAUCGACAAUAAUACAAAGUUAGACGGAUUAGAGAUUCUUCACGCUCUUCAACACACUUUGCACGAGAAUGACGAGGAAGACGCGAUACAAUCGGACAUAGACUGGAUUGUAGGGCUAAUAGAUAAAGUGCUGGAAGAGGACGACUUAAACAAGGACGGAUAUUUAGAAUAUGUCGAGUACGUUUUGGGAAGAAAAAGGGAUCAUGUCGAACAAGAAAAACGCAACAAGCUCAGAAUCGGCACAUGAAGACUUUAAGUAUAAACACGGACUUGAAUCACAGAGGUUUUUAAUUAUAUGUCAAUGUUUUGUAAAAUUGAAUUUAAAGGCAACGAAGGAACGAGGGGAGAAACUGAAUCCUAACAGAAACUAUUCAAACGGCGUUAACAAAAAAUAUUGAAACAGAAAAUAAAAACGGUACAAUAUAAGAUUGCAAUGAAAUAAGUAAUUAUAUAAAUAAAGAAUGUAUAUCGUAUAAUUUUUGUGUCGUAAAAUUAAAAUUGAUCUAUCUCUGCAGAUACGACAUAUAAUUAAGAACCACCCAAA